UUUUCGGUUUCUUUUGUCGUUCCCAUUCUCUCUCUUCUCUUCUCUUUCCUUUCACUAAUCCUCUUUCCCUCCAUUGGCCGGGAAACUUCUUUCGUCGCCGUGUAACCGCUUUGUCUCCGGCGAAUAGCAUCCGUCCUCCGACGGAAACUCGUUGUCUCCUCCUCUCUCCUUGACUUCCUUCAACCUUUUUUUUGUAUUAUUUUCGUUGACUCGGUGGCUCGAAGGCUUCGGAUCUCUGAUUCCGGCCAGAGACGGUGCCGUUUCGGACGUUUGGCGGGAAUGUGGAUGGCCUGGUUCUCGCUGUAGGCUUGCUUUUGGUCUGCCGUGGCUGGGAUCGUGAUCUAGGGUUUCGGUUCUCUGAUUCGGAUUCGGUUUCUGCGGUUGUGGUUUUAUCCCUUGUGUGUUGCUGUGAACAAAGACGCAGGCGUACAAAAAGAGACUACGGAAUGAGAUGGUGGAAGGAAGGGUUUGUUUGUCCAAAGAGGCCAAAACUGGAUUAGAAAUUCUGAAGCGUACAAGGCUUCAGCGAAUGAGACCGCAAACUUCUACCGAGCCUGUAAAUCUCAUUAAUACAAUGGCUCGAAGUGGAGGCGAUGCUUUAGAAUCUUCUGUAUCCUGUGGUCUUAGAUUACAGGGAGGUGCCAACUCAGUUUCUCUCUUCACUGGUGCUUCACAUGAAAAAGAUGUUUUUCCAAAGCGUAGGGUGGAUAAGUUCGAAACAAGUGACCUAGAGUGGACUGAGAAAAUUCCCGAAUGCCCUGUCUACUAUCCAGCAAUGGAGGAGUUUGAGGAUCCUUUGGUUUAUUUACAGAAGAUAGCUCCAGAAGCUUCAAAAUAUGGUAUAUGCAAGAUUGUUUCUCCCUUGAGUACUUCUACUCCAGCUGGGGUUGUAUUAAUGAGGGAGAAAGCAGGAUUCAAGUUCACAACUAGAGUACAACCUCUUCGUCUUGCAGAGUGGGACAAUGAUGACAAGGUCACCUUUUUCAUGAGCGGAAGAAAUUAUACAUUCCGUGAUUUCGAGAAAAUGGCGAACAAGGUUUUUGCUCGUAGAUAUUAUAGUACUGGUUCCCUUCCCGCCACGUACUUGGAAAAAGAAUUUUGGCAAGAAAUUUCUUGUGGAAAGACAGAAACUGUUGAGUAUGCUUGUGAUGUAGAUGGUAGUGCCUUUUCAUCUUCUUGCAGUGAUCCUCUUGGAAAUAGCAAGUGGAAUUUAAAGAAUCUUUCAAGGUUACCCAAGUCCAUUUUGCGUCUUCUAGAAAUUGCAAUUCCGGGUGUAACGGAUCCCAUGCUAUACAUUGGAAUGCUGUUUAGUAUGUUUGCUUGGCAUGUGGAGGAUCAUUAUUUGUACAGUAUUAAUUAUCAUCAUUGCGGCGCAUCCAAAACCUGGUAUGGCAUUCCAGGUAAAGCUGCUCUGCAAUUUGAAAAGGUUGUUAGGGAGCAUGUGUACACGCAUGAUAUCAUAUCAACUGAUGGAGAAGAUGGAGCAGUUGAUGUCCUAUUGGGGAAAACAACAUUGUUUCCUCCAAAUAUUUUGUUGGAGCAUGAUGUCCCUGUCUACAAGGCUGUGCAAAAGCCAGGAGAAUUUGUUAUUACUUUCCCCAGAGCAUACCAUGCUGGAUUCAGUCAUGGUUUCAACUGUGGCGAGGCAGUCAACUUUGCAAUUGGUGAUUGGUUCCCUUUAGGUGCUAUUGCUAGCCAACGUUAUGCGCUGCUUAACAAGAUGCCUCUGCUUCCUCAUGAAGAACUUCUGUGUAAAGAAGCGAUGCUUCUACACACAAGUUUAGAACUGGAAGAUUCAGACUGUUCAUCUGCUGAUUUGGUCUCCCAUAAUAGAAUUAAGUUGUCUUUUGUGAGAUUGAUGCGCUUUCAGCAUUGUGCUCGUUGGUCUUUAAUGAAGUCAGGGGCAUGCACUGCUAUUUUGCCAAACUCCUAUGGAACUGUUCUAUGCAGCCUAUGCAAGCGCGAUUGCUAUGUAGCUUACAUUAAUUGCACUUGUUACAUGCAUCCUGUCUGCCUGCGCCAUGAUGUAAGGUCUCUUGACUUCUCAUGUGGGAGCAAUCCUACUCUCUUUUUAAGGGAGGAAAUAACAGAACUGGAAGCUGCAGCCAGAAAAUUUGAAAAGGACGAUAGUAUGCUGGAGGCGAUAAGGGGGCUAGUGGAAAGUGGAGAUGACUUGUAUUCUUAUCCAUUAAAUUUAUCCCUGAGUGCUGAAGACAAAGGAUACUCUCCCUAUUGUGAGAUAAAAUUUGAGUUGAACCCUGAACUUACUGGUAGAACUUGGUAUCGGUCACAAGAGCCAGAAGCUGGUUCUCAUGGCCAGCCCAUGUUGAGAUCUGAUGCAGAUUAUUCAAGUCCGGCAGUGUCAGAAGGUUCCCUUUCAUGUGCCGCAUCAACUCUUUGUUCCCUUUUAGAGCCUCGGGAGAGCUUAUCUGCACCCAAUUAUGUACAGGGAAAUGCUAACUCUUACAAAGGGACUCUAAGUUCUAAAAGGCGUUUUGAAGAGUUGGUGCGUGGUGCAUAUGAGUCUUCUCAAUCCUCUCUAUCUUUUGAUGAAUACUCUAGUGUGCGUCCAGGGAAUCUAAACGGAUCAGAGGUUAGGCAUGUUGUUGAUCAAGGAAGUGACGAUUCUGAUUCAGAGAUCUUUAGGGUUAAGCGCCGUUCAUCAUUGAAGGUGGUGGACAAAAGAAGUGUAAAUGAUGUCUUGUCAUCAAAUCAUUCGGAAAACAAGGGUUUUAAACGAUUGAGGAAACUGCAACCUGACAGAAGAUGCGGGUGAUCGUUGGUGCCAUUAGAUUAUUGCAGCCCUGGUGAACCAAAUGCUAAAUUUAUUGCAACUAGUAAUUACAAAGGAGUGAGAACAGUGAAGAUUCAGCUAGACAACAGUGAGAACACCACAGAAAGGAUGGAUACGAGGUUGAACUGGGAACGAGCUGAAGGCAACCAACCCCAGUGGAGAUUGGGGCAAAGCGCCUUAAAGUCAAAGCCCCAUCGUUCCUAGGGUCAGAGAGCAGCAGGUUAAAUUAAAGAUAUUUAGAUCACAGUAGGAAGUGCCGACUAUCUGGUUGGCCAGCCCUGUAGAGAGAGCAGCAGCGGCAUCAUAGAACGUGACCUCGCUAACUUGAAUUUCUCUAACGGGGUUCUAACAACACAGGUAAAGCUAAAGAAGAUUGAUUUGUGGGAGCAGUGAUGAAAAAAUUAACCUAGGAUAAAGAUUUACAUUUUUUGUGCAGGCCCUCAAAUUGGGGCAGUCUGCAUUGUUGGUGAUUCUUGAGGUUCUCGGGCCGGGGUAUUUUUACCAUCUUUGGCAGGAGAACCUUUCUUCCUGCAAACUAGUAGAGAUUGGGUUAUUUGUGAAUUUCCAUGUAAAUUUAUUUGUUUUUUUUUACUUUCUUUCUUACAAUUGUUAAUCCAGUAAGUAGCUAGUUGGUAAUUCUUGAACAUGUUAGUUGGUUUGCUGCUUCCUUUUUACAGGUUCUUUAUUCUUAUUUGUUGCAAUGGGUCCUUGUAAACCUUUGAGUACAUGAAUAAAAUGCAGAGAAAUGCGUUGUCAUUUUA